UCUCUGUGCAAGCUAGUGGUAGGUCGGCGGACGCCAUGGCGAGCAGCGGCGAGGUGCAGAGAUCGCUGCAGGCGGUGGCGCAGGGGCUGCGGUGGACGUACGCCCUCCUCUGGCAGCUCUGCCCCGACCAAGGCGCGCUGGUGUGGGCGGAGGGGCACUACAACGGCGCCAUCAAGACGCGCAAGACGGUGCAGCCGGCCGUCGCCCAGGCGCAGGCGCAGGCGCCGGCGGCGGAGGCAGCCGACCAGGCCCGGAGCCGGCAGCUGCGGGAGCUGUUCGACUCGCUGGCCAGGGAGGCUGCCGCAGGCGGCGGGCCAGGCUUCAGGGACGUCCACGGCUGCGCCCAGGAGGCUCGGCGGCCCAGCGCGGCGCUGGCGCCGGAAGACCUGACGGAGACGGAGUGGUUCUAUCUCAUGUCCGCCUCCUACUCCUUCCCUCCCGGCGUCGGGUUACCUGGAAGGGCCUUUGCAAGGGGAGGGCACGUAUGGCUUAGUAGAGCAAAUGAAGUUGACAGCAAGGCCUUCUCAAGAGCAAUACUUGCCAGGAGUGCAGGAAUCAAGACGGUCGUAUGCAUUCCGAUUGUCGACGGUGUCCUGGAAAUCGGGACCACAGAAAAGGUGGAGGAAGACAUAGGUUUAGUCCAGUAUGCAAUGGCCAUCUUCAUGGAUCAACAAGAAACCCACAUGACCCCUAGCAUCUGUCAUUCCAACCAAACCAGCCACAUUGAUCAACAGUCAUUCCAAACACAGGGGAAGACACACACUGGUCAGCCAAAGCCAGAGCCAAACAAGUUCACACCGGAAUACGAUGACGAUGAAAUGGAGUACGAUGACAACGAGAUCGACACGGAAUGCGCGUCAGGUUCGGAAACCAACACCGGAAGGGGUCACUGCCGGCAUGGUCCACCAAACAUUGCAAGCAAUGAUGAUCACGCAACGCAUAAUGUAGGGAGGAGCAGCGAGCUGAUGCAGGUUGAGAUGUCGGAAAGGGUGAGAGAUGGCUGCUCAAGCAACCUUGGCGAUGAGAUCCAAAUGCUAAUGGUUUGCCAGAACAGCGGUGAUCAUUCCAAUUUACAUGGGCAAGAUGAGCCCUGGCAUUUUCUCUAUGAGGAGUUAUGCAGUGGCUACCCUCAGUCGUCAGCUGCAGGUGAAGACCAAGCAAUGGCUGAAAAUGCUCACUACGCACACACAGUCUCGCUGAUCCUGCAUCGCAACAACGCCCUGAGACAGUCAGACGGGCCGAACACCAGGUCCUACCUGGCAGUCUCACACCAAUCUUCAUUCUCCAGAUGGGAUGCUGGCAUCCAUGGACGCGCGGUCGCCGAAGGCACCACCCGGCAGAAGAUGCUCAAGAGUGUCCUCCUGUUCUUCAAUGCUGCCUGCAACAAGCCACCGGGUGAUCUCAGGUGCGACGAUGCCGGUGCGCGAAGGGAGGUCGACUUCGGCGCCAGCCAUGUCAUGCAGGAGCGGAAGAGAAGGGAGAAGCUCAACGAGCGGUUCAUCGUCCUGCGUUCCCUGGUGCCCUUCGUCACCAAGAUGGACAAGGCCUCGAUCCUCGGCGACACGAUCGAGUACGUGAAGCAGCUGACCAAACGCAUCCAGGACCUUGAGUCCUCUGUGGCCAGGCAGCAGGUUCACGGUGACCUGCUGGUGCCCAAGGGGUCGUCAGAGAGGCGUGCGCUGAUGGGCAUGGAAGGGCCCAGCAGCAGCAGCGGUAGCAGCAGCAGCGCCCCUGUGGCCACGGACGUGCAGGUCUCCAUCAUCGAGAGCGACGCGCUGCUGGAGCUCCGGUGCCCCGACAGGCGCGGCCUGCUGGUGACCAUCAUGCAGGCGCUCCAGGAGCAGCUCCGGCUCGAGGUCACCUCCGUCCAGGCCUCGUCGGACCGCGGCGUGCUGCUCGCGGAAAUGCGAGCCAAGGUGAGGGAGGUGCAUGGGAGGAGGAGCAGCAUUUCUCAAGUGAAGAGAGCGAUCCAUCUCAUCAUCUCAUCGGGAUGAGUGGAUGUGCAACAGAUUUGUAGCAUAUGCCAUCAGCCUCUCCCUUGAUGCUUAUGAGUCGAUAAAAAGCACCCUUUAUCGAAAAAUUUCAUCAGGCUUUGUUUUUCUUUUUGUAAUUUUUUAGCCUCUGUUCACUUCAUAUAUAUCAACACUAAAGAUGAUGCCUUAAAAAAUUAGAGUGCAUCACCAGUUUGAUAAAAUUAUAUCCCGUUUCUUCUGGCAAAAGAAGGGGAUGCAAAGUUA